AUGUCAACGACCGGAGCUCGUGAUCAAUAUGUGUGGUCACUUAUGAGGAAGAAGUGGAUCCUGGUAUGCUCCCGCGGUAUAUCUCCUUCUGGUCAGCUCUGUUUGAAGGGGGAUCCGGGGCCUUGGAUUGAAAAUAACCCUGCGUCUCUUUUGUUAGUUCAAUGUUUGGAGUUGGAUUUUGCGAAUAAUGAUGUUGAAGGAGAGAUAGCAGAUUCAAUAAGGGAACUGUCAAGGCUCACCCACCUUUAUAUCUGUUUUUGUACAAUCUUGAAGUGCCUUCCUAACGCCAUCACUAGGCUACACAACUUGAAAGUAUUGCAAGUUGAAUGUUGUAUCAAACUGGAAGAAUUGCCAGCAAAUAUAAGCCUCUUAGAGAGCCUAAGACAUCUCUCUCUUUCGAGUUGUUUCCGGCUCAAUUCUGUUUCUAGCAUUACAGGACUUCACAACUUGCAAAAAUUAGACCUCAGACAUUGUUACAAUCUCACAGAAUUGCCUGCUGAUUUGGGUGAUGAGUUGCUAGAAUUGUUUUACAUUGAUAUUCAAGGUACUGCCAUCAAGUGCCUACCUGGUAGCAUUACAAAGCUAUGGAAUUUGCGAUUCCUAUUACUCCCCUGGUCUUUCAGACUUGAAACAUUGCCAUACGAUUUAAACGAGUCCAUCGUCGUAGCUUUUGCAGAUAUGCACAUUCGAAAAACCUGGAAUGCACUCAGAAAAGAGAUUGCUCCUUUGUCAUUUCCACUUCUUGGAGCAGAAGCAGCUCAUAAUCAAUGCAACUGCUCAUAUGAGAGAAUUGCUUGUCCCUCCAUUGUAUUUCCUUGGGGAUACCUCCAGUUGAAGGGAGACCCGGGGCCAUGGAUUCAUUGUCACUAUGAUUCUCAUUCGCUGGUGCGUUUUCUGGACUUAGACUUAUCAUGUGAUACAGAUCAUAUAUCAGAGUCCAUAGGGGAACUUGCAGAGCUCACUCAUCUCUACAUUUAUAAUAGUUCAUACCUUGAGCACCUCCCUAAAAAAAUCGCAAUGCUACAGAAGUUGGAACUGUUGAGUGUUCAAUAUUGUGAUGUUGAAUUGCCACCAGACUUGAAUCAGUUAGUCAGCCUUAGACACCUUUCUCUUGCAGCUAAUGGCGUCGAACCCAUCAUUUAUGGCUUAGAGAAGCUAUCCAAUUUGGAAACUCUAAAUCUCCAAGGAUCAUUUAAUUCCCUCACAGAAUUGCCAAUAAAUUUUGAUAAGUUGGUCAGUCUUAGGCAUCUAUCUCUUGGAUAUUGUGAGAUCAAGUCGCUUCCUGUUAGCAUCACAAAGCUGUCUAAUUUGACAACUUUGUAUCUCUACGAAUGUCCUUCACUCAAAGCAUUGCUGGAAAAUUCAAGUUUCAGAAGGCUCAAACUUAAAAAUUGCAGCAUAAUGACACUUCCAACAGGUCUCUGCCAUCUUGAAAUCUUACAUUUUAAGGACUUUUGUGAGGAGAAAACUGCAUGUGAUAUCCAGGAACAAUUUCUGGACCAUUUAAUCAACCUGGAGACACUUUCUAUUACAUGCUACCGCAUCAAGUUCCUUCCAAGCAUUGCAAGACUACGAAACUUACAAGAAUUACGACUCAAAGACUGUUUCAGCCUCAAGGAAUUGCCAGCAAAUUUGGAUGAGUUGAUCGGAUUGUGUAUACUUGAUAUUAGCGGUACCAGAAUCAAGUCACUUCCUUAUAGCAUCACGAAGCUGAACAAUUUACAAUGCUUAAUCCUUCCGAAGUGUUUCAGACUUGAAAGUUUGCCUAGUAAUAUGAAUAGUUCUGUCAGGGUUUUUGUUGACAACACAGAUGACACAUAUUAUGAGAACCUGGGCUACUAUGACUGUCUAACCUCUGCAAAAGCCUCAACUGAAGGUAAUUAG